AUGAACCCACCAAAGUUUGAUAGGGUGGAAGAUAUGGCAGAGUUAUUAUACAUGCAUGAACCAGCUGUUGUUCAUAACUUGAUACAAAGAUAUAAGCAAAAUGAAAUCUAUACCUACUCAGGUCUUUUUUUAGUCGCAAUCAAUCCAUAUCGUAGUUUACCUAUUUAUUCUACUAAAAAUAUUAGGUAUUAUCGAAAGAAAAGACGUGGUGAAGUUCCUCCUCAUAUAUAUGCUGUCGCAGACCAUGCAUUCUAUGAUAUGCUUCAUGACAAGGAAAAUCAGUCUAUUUUAAUUACUGGAGAAACAGGUGCAGGAAAGACUGAGAACACUAAAAUUGUUAUUCAAUACCUAGCAUCUAUUGCUGGUAAUGGAAGUAAUGGUUUUGGGACUGAUGUUUUACAAAGGAGUAAAUUGGAAGAACAGAUAUUACAAGCAAAUCCAAUUUUAGAAUCUUUUGGUAAUGCACAGACGAUUCGAAAUAAUAACUCAUCUCGGUUUGGCAAAUUUAUACGAAUUGCGUUUAAUAGAAAUGGUGAUAUUUAUGGUGCCUUCAUAGAUUGGUACUUGUUAGAGACAUCUCGUGUUCAUAGUCAGACAUUAGAAGAAAGAAAUUAUCACAUAUUCUAUCAGUUAUUGAAUGCAGAGGAUCCUGAAUUGAAAACUAAAUUAAAAGUGGAUCAGAAUUGUCCUGCUGAUUUUAAUUAUACCAAAAACUCAAAUCAUACUAUCCAAGGUGUAGACGAUGCAGCUGAAUAUAAUAAACUCGUUCAUUCUAUGAAUAUCAUGGGCUUCUCUAAGGAAGAACAGUUCGAAUUUUUUCGUACGGUUGUUGCUGUACUUUAUUUAGGUAACAUUGUUGUAAGUAAUCAUUAUGGCCGUGUUGAUAUUAGUCAAUAUGAAAUGGCAUGCGACCAUUUGGGUGUAUCCCCUCAGUUAUUUAAAAAGUAUCUCAUUGAGCCAAAGAUCAGAGCAGGAAAUGAAUGGGUCAUUCAAUCAAAGUCGACACAUCAAGUAAAAGAUAAUUUGGAUGCACUCGCUAAAGUUCUUUAUGAACGUAACUUUAGUCGACUUGUCCAUCGGGUGAAUGCAGCUAUUGAUGGUCCUGUAUCCCUUGAUGGUAUGUCCUUCUCUGAAGGUGAACGGUUUAUAGGUGUACUCGAUAUUGCAGGAUUUGAAAUCUUUAAAAUGAACAGCUUUGAACAACUAUGCAUCAAUUAUACGAAUGAGAAGCUGCAAGAUUUUUUUAAUCAAAAUAUGUUCGUCCUUGAAGAAAUGGAAUAUAAAAGGGAAAAUAUCCAAUAUGAUGACUCAUUUGAUUAUCGUAACGAUUUAAAACCUACAAUUAACUUGAUUGAAAGUAUAAAGAAUCCUAUUGGUAUCUUAUCUUGUUUAGAAGACGAGUGUCUUACUCAGGGUACAGAUGAACGUUUAUUAGCCAAGAUGAUCGAGCAAAAUCAUUCUAAUCCACGUUUCAAGCGUGAUAUCUAUAACGAAGGCUUUUCUAUUAAGCAUUAUGCUGGUGAGGUCAAGUAUUCUACAACUGGCUGGAUCGAACGUGGCAAAGAUCCCUUAAAUGAACAUAUAGCACGCUUAUUUGCAGAAUCUACUAACUCACAUAUAGCCACUUUAUUCAAAGAUUACGCAAUACCAAUAAACUAUUCCUCUUCAAUGAUAAUGGCUCGACAACAACAAUUUACUACUACUAAUAGCGGAAAUUUUCAUACCAUUGGUUAUAAACAUAAACAACAUCUUAAUGUACUCAUGAACACGUUACAAAAUACACAUCCUCAUUUUGUACGUUGUAUCCUUCCUAACGAUCGUAAGCGUUCUGGUGAAAUUCAACCUCAACUUGUUUUAAAUCAGUUAAGAUGUAAUGGUGUGCUUGAAGGUAUUCGUAUCUGUCGCAUGGGUUACCCUAACCGUCUUUUAUUUCAACAAUUUCGUGAACAAUACAAACUGUUAGCGCCAGACUUGAUCUUACAUGAACAAAAUCAUCGUAUAGCAUGUCAGAUGUUAAUUGAAUCUGUGAAAGGGAAAAUCGAACCUAAUCAAUAUCAACUUGGGCGUACUAAGGUUUUCUUUAAAGCAGGCGUAUUAGGUAGACUAGAGAAAGAACGAGAUAUACGUUUAUCUGAAAUUAUCAUUCAACUUCAGGCCGCCUGUCGUCGACUCAUCUCUCAACGUAAGGCCUCACAACGUCAAAAUCAAGAUAAAUUCAUCCGUAUCAUUCAACGCAAUGCUCGAAUCUACAUUGAUAUCAAGCAAUCUAAGCUAUGGAAGGCAUAUCACCGUCGAAGGGAGCUUCAGUACUCGUAUGGUGAAGAAAAUGCAAUCCAUAAAAAGAUGGAAGACCUUGAGCAAGUCUUGACUGUCUCUCAGGAUCAGAUGAAAGAACUUUCCAAGGAGAGCAUGAAUCAACAAAAGAUAAUUGAAGUUCAGGGAAAGAAAUUAGAGGAACAACAGACAGAGUUAGAGAGGACUCGUUUAUUGCUGGAAAAGGAAAAAUCGGAAUGGAUGACGAAAUGCAAAGAUUUAGAACGAGAAUUAGAAACAGUACGGAAAAGACUAGAGCAAGUAAAUGAAGAACUUGACACUACGAAACAAUUUAGCGAAGAUCAAGCUAUUAUGCUUUCAAAGAUGCAUGAAGAAGUACAAGACGAAUAUGAAGAGAAUGAAACCCUUAUAUCUCAGUUUGAAAAAAUCAGUCGUGAAAAUAAUACUUUAAAAGAACAAUUAAAGUCCUUUGAAAGUGAGAGAUCAAUAAUUGAUAAUAAAAUGCAAUCUGAUUUACAUGAGCACAGCCGACUAAUCCAACAAUUACAGCAGAGAUUAAAAGAUCAAGAAACUGAACGUGAACUCUUGUGUAAAACGAUUGAAAUUGAAAAAAGAAAAAAUGAAGAAAAG